AUGGACGCUCACAUGAUGGCCUCGCAGAUGGGUGCCGUGCCUUACUUCUACUACACCCAGGACGCCCGGCAAGACAACAGGCAGCCCGUCCACUACAGCCACCCUCACGCUGCCUACCACCAACAGCCACAGAUGUUCCCCAUCGUGCCGACUCUGCCUUCGACUCCCAUCUACUCGAGACCUAGCUCGUCGAGCUCGCAGCAUGCUAUGAUGCACAAUAAGGCUUUUGCUCCCGUCCCGAGCAUGAUGACCCCCAUGGGCUCUCCUCACAGUGCCCACCGCCAGAACGUCUGCCUUGGACAGCCUACCAAGCUCAUGCUCGAGACAGACCUCGGCGAGCACGAGGGUGUCUACUACCCCGGCACGCCGGCUCUCUCGACCUCUGGAAGCUCCUUGAGCAGUCCUGGAAACAGCGCCAAUGACAUGCUGGCCACGCCAUUGAACCCCAUGUUUUCUGGCCUCGACGGCUCAGAGCCUGCGAAGACCGAGGUGGAGCUUGUGCCUGAGACUGCCGUCAGCUUUGACUGGUCUAGCGGCUCGCCCCCUUUGACACCUGUCUACUUCCAGUCCCAGAUGUCCGACAGAGCCGCGUCUCUCGAGGCUAGCAUCUCUGGUGACUUUGUGUCCACCACCACAUCCGCUUGCCCGUCGUUGUCACCAUCACCCCCUCCAUACGCGCCCUCUGUGGCUUCCGAGCAGGACUUUGACUUCUGCGACCCCCGCAACCUGACGGUCGGCGGCAUCGCGUCGAACCCGGCUUUGGCUCCGGAGUUCUCCGGUGCUUCCACUCUGGACGAGGAUCUCUCCAUCGCCAAGAACACCGCCGCUGCACACUUUGACUUCGCCUCCGAGAUCCAGCACGGUCUCACCACAUUCGACGACAUCUCCGACUUUGAGUCGGAGGACGAUUUCGUCAACGGCCUUGUCAACCUCGGUGAGCAGUCGACCUCGGAGGUCAAGAGAUCGCGCUCAGGCACCUGCUCUACCACUCUUUCCUUGGGGGCUGAGAACUUCCUCGUCGGCGGCGACUUUGACUUUGAGGACACCACCUCCUGCGCCACCGCCAUCACCUCUCCGGCUGGCUCCACGGAAUCGGAUUCUCACAUCUCCAAGAAGCUGAAGAAGGCCGAAAGCGCCAGCACCAAGCCCUCCAUGAACGUCGCUGCCGACUCCAGCGCCAGCAGCGCGCAGGUGGCUGGCCAGCCCGAUUCCGCCAGCGCGGAUGGCACGACUGAUGGCACUACCCCGUCGGCCUCAUCUGCCAGUGCGGCUGGUCUUCCUGCGCCUCCUACCCGUCGGGGUCGUAAGCAGUCCCUGACGGAGGAUCCCACCAAGACCUUUGUGUGCGAGCUUUGCAACCGUCGCUUCCGUCGUCAGGAGCAUCUGAAGCGCCACUACCGCUCUCUCCACACCCACGACAAGCCCUUUGAGUGCACGGACUGUGGCAAGAAGUUCUCGCGCAGCGACAACCUUGCGCAGCACGCCCGCACUCACGGGAGUGGUGCUAUCGUCAUGGACCUGAUUGAGGGAGAGGAGGGUCUCGAGCAACAGGACUAUCAGAAUCUUGGCAAGGUGCUCUUCCAGGUUGCAUCCGAAGUUCCCGGCAGCUCCACAGAGUCAUCUUCUGAGGACUCCGCGAGUGAGAUUUCGAAGAAGAAGCGCAAGCGGUCCGAGUGA